AAACGGUGCUCGGGUGAAUGAGAAAUUAAUUCUCAAAGUUGAAUACUAAGGUAGAGUAAAUGUCUUUGUCCCACACCGGUUUCUGAACCUUUCGUAUUCUCAUAUUUAAGCUUAGGCAUUGAAUUGAGCUUAUGAAAGGAACAAGAAGAGGACUCCUCGCGCGCCCGCCGCCGCCGCCGUCCGGCCCGGUAUGCGCGCGCGUCGGGGCGGGGCGGGGUGCGCCCGCGUUCUAAAGGCUCCGACAACUUCCCAACUCCGAUCAUCUUCUUCGGCGGUAGCUCUUCGUCAUUCUCGUUCGCCGGUGCUCUGUUCUACCGCUCUAGACUCAGCACGUUGCGGUUUUAUCCUGGGAGGAGAUUGCCCACGUUUGCCAGUGCGGGAGGCGGGCAAUACUACCUUAAGGAAAGCUUUGGCGACUCCCUUUCCUUACCUGCGGUGGUAUUCUGAGAAGUUCUUGAAGGGCCAGUGGGAUAAAGAGGAGUGUGUUUCUGAAUGGCAGAAGUACAUAGAUUGCCUUUCUCAACAUUUGGAUGAUACCUAUUUGAGUAGAUUCUUGGAAGCCGAGGGCACUCCCAAUUUUGCCAAUCAUAUCGAUCUUAAUGUCACCAAGGGAGCUCGUUGAUGAUUGCUAGAGUAUAAAUAGUGGAGUAAUUG